UAUUUUCCUUUACUGUUCUGUAACUAAUUUCCCAAAAAUCGAAACUUGUCUUCUCCACCAUUCUUCUUCUUCUUCUCACUGUGCUUGGCGGUGUGGCUGUUCAGAUCUCCCUUCCUCACUGGUGUUUCGUAUCAUCUUCCAUAAGGGAAAUUGAAUAAACGAUCAGAGCUCCACAAUUAUAAAGCUCCGACCUAAGGACUACGCUGAAUCUCUCCGAUCUUCUGUCACUCUCUUUUUUUUAAGAUCUCAUUGAAUUCAAGAAAACUCAGAAAUGUCUGCGCUUUUCAAUUUUCAUUCAUUUUUGACGGUGGUGCUCUUGGUAAUCUGCACUUGCACUUUCUUGAAGAUGCAGUUUCCUGCCAUUCUCGAGCAAAAAACUGGGUUUCGGGGAUUCUUUUGGAAGGCAGCAAGAAUAGGUGAACGGUUGAGCCCUUGGGUUGCUGUUGGAUGUUUCUCAAUGGGUGUUUCAAUCAUAUUUUUCUAGGUAGAGAUCGCCUUACGCCUUGUGUUUUAACCAUUCAAGUCACUGAUUGAACCCUCUGUCUGUAAGACUUUUUAUAUUAUAGUAAUGAAAAGUUGUUGUCAUUUUUUUUUAAUUAUUGGUAUUUCAUCUUCAUUAUCUUUCAUUCCUUCCACUCCAUGAGGUGGAAAGAAAUAGAGCUAUUAUAAUCAAGUUUCAGAGUAGUUUGAAUA